GGAUCGAGCGGAGAGAACCAGGCGAGAGAGUUUGAGAGAUUUUUUUUUUAACGAUUUUCCAUAUCUUCGAGCAUUUUCAAUCAGGAGUCGGAGAUCACAAAGAAGGGCUCGGAACGGUAGCUCUUCCCCCUCUCUCAGGAUGAACAUAGAUGAACUUCCUCUGGAGGUGAUUACCAGUAUAUUCUGCAGGCUGCCUGGUAAAGACUUGGCCAUUGUGGCCCAAACAUGCAAGGAAUUUCACGAAGCUUCUCUGGUCGAGGCCGUCUGGCUAUUAAAAUGCAAAGAAGAAUUUGGUGUUGAUGCAGAACUACAGGAACCGGAAGUGGAGUCAUACCGACAGCUUUAUACAAAAGUUCUAUAUCCCUAUGGGCAUUUACUUGGUGUAUGGCAGGCUCAGAGGGGUCCAUAUGGAGGUUUGGUCAAAAUCCAGAUGACCGAAGGAAUGAUCAAAGCUGUCCAGUACUACACACCCGUUGACCCCAGGGUCUACCUGCCCAUCAGGGUCAAGGACUUGUUCCAGGUCAGACUUGACCCGCAGGAUGGCCUGGCUCAUUUAGAGUGCCUGAAGGGGAAGGGUGGACCACAUAAACUAGGAAUCUCGCGGAAAUCUUCAGAAUCAGAUCCUGAAUUCACAUUAAAUUGUUAUGAACCAAAGAAACAUGGGGCAUCAAUGUUCCAUGAUUUGAUCAUGGAGGAACUAGAUGAUCUCACCAUUGAUGAGUUCCAUGUGGAUCAUCUUAAGAUGAAGUAUAUGAAGCUCGAAGAAUUUGAUUCCAUCUGCACCUUCAAGAGUCUGGAACCCCCCAAGACUGUAGACAACAUGCCAGUCAAACCAGGGAUCUUCAAAGGAACAUACGGAGGGCAUGGGAUCGAGCUCAUCUACGUGACGUACGUGGGCAACCGCAUGAUGGGAAUGAAAAUCACGGGUGAUCCCAAUGUGCCUGCUACCAAGGUCUCUUUGGAGGUCCAUCUCGACAAGCCUAUGGUCCUGGACCUGGUCCAGCAGGAGAGCGUACACGCUUUAGAGGACCUGGACCUGCAGAUCGUCAGACCAUCCUCCGAACAACCACAGGAGUCGCAACCCUUCCGCCUUUCCUCGGAGGUACAUGAUCGUGGUAUGUCCUUGUUGGGUGAAGAGACGGGACUUGAUCUGAGAAGAUGCAAACAAAGAUUCUAUGGUACAGGAUUGAUUGCUAUGUCAGGAUUCAGGGAUGCUGAGAGGACGCCAGCCCACUGUAUUAUCUUCAAUGAAGACGUUAUGGCUUUCCUCUGGUUAAAGCUAAAAUCGGUCAGUAUUUACAGCAGAGUGAAAGAGGACAUAUGGUCGUGACCGACUCCAUCUUCUCCGUCGAAAGUCAAAUGGUGCGAUGCCGAAGGUACUUCAUGAGGCUUGCUCCCUGACCCGAUGCAAACACAAUGACCAGUCAGACAAGCGUUUAGAGUGUACGACUCUUCCUUUAAUGGGUGAAGGAUAGAGAGGCAGGCAGUGGGCGCUGAGCGAUGUUCCAGUAUUUCCUCCGGGCCAUAUUUCCUCAAAGAUAUAGCAAUAGUCAUGAUGAUAGCUUCAUUUGUAACAUACCUAUGCUCAAGGUGCCUACAAAGUGCUAAUAUGAUAUACAAAUGAUGCAUGCGCACGAGUUCAUUAUACGAUCUAUCCACACUGAAGUUGAGGCCAUGUGUAUCUAUUGCACAAAGCUGUUAGGCUGAGUGCGAUAGAUACACACAGCAUCAAGAAGGCUGGAUUG